CAAUUCCAUGGUUAGUGGCCAAUGGUAAAACCAAGCGAGUUGUUUGUAUAUUAAAGACAGCAGCCAAAGUUAGUAAAGUUCCUGUCCGUGUCGUCAUGGAACAGUUACACCUGCUGGAAGUGGAACAGAAAGGAAAAGACCAAGAUUCGGAAUUGGUUAAUGAAGAAAGUCAACUGACAGAGAAGGACUCUUUUCUCCUGAAGAAUUUUGUGCCUUCCAGAGAGGAAGGCAAAGUCAGCGAUAUCGACACAGAUGAAGAACUCACAGCCGUCAAGCCAUACACCAUCUUAGAUAUGUUUAAGAGCAAACGCCUUGUUGUGAACGUCUGUAUUCUGUUGUUUACGUGGUUCACAAACGCACUGACGUAUUUCGGUCUCUUCUUGACGUCAUCAUCCCUAGCUGGCGACCGCUUUCUCAACUUCUUUCUGAACGCUGCCGUCGAGGUCCCUGCUGCCUUCAUUUUUUACUGCAUCCUUGACAGAAUUGGAAGGAAAAGGUCGUGUAUGGUAUUCCAUGGUGUUACUGGCGUUGCGUUGAUAACAGCAACAAUAAUCAAAACAAAAGCAGAAGGACUGACUGCAGAUAUAUUCACAACAAUUUUUUCGUUGAUUGGGAAAGCUGGUAUUAGUAGCUCGUUCGGACUGCUCUUUUUGUACACUCCGGAAUUGUUUCCAACUAAUUUAAGAAACGUUGGUCUUGGAAUGGGUUCUGCAUUUGCUAGGAUUGGUGGAAUGCUAGCUCCUUUUGCUAGUCUGUUGGCUGGAUAUGUACCUUGGGCGCCUGGAACCAUAUUUGGAGUGUCCUGUCUUGCGGUCACGUUCCUGGUAACGUUCCUGCCAGAAACGACGGGGAGAGAACUGCCACAAACUAUCGAGGACAUGGCAGACUGGUACAAAGCAUCGGACGCCAAUGAUUGCGUGGUGACGUCAAACGAGCAAGACACAGCCGCUACCAGUAUACCAGUUCGGGAUGACACUACGGCCAGUUUAAAAGAUAAAAAUUAAAUAAAAAAGGUCGAAGAAAAACCUUGCUUUGGCAAGUAAACAUGCCUUGGACGUAAUGAAAAUCGGCGAAAUAAUAUCUAAGACUCAAAUAGUUUUGCUUGGAUUUUUUUUUUAUUGUCCCUAGAAUAUAAAAUGGCAGUGUCAGGGUUGGGGUGCCCUAAGCUCACUGUCUCACGAUAGUUUUUUAAUUUCAUAUGGUAUACACAGUUUUAUAUACAUACAUAUAAAUGGCAAAAUAUAUACACACGAAUAGAUAUAAUCCACACACUUUAUGUAUAUUGUUGUUGUUGAUAUUUUGUUUGGGUUUGUUUUAUUAAUUUUUUUAAAUUAUUAUUAUCUGGGGCCAAGAAGGAAAAAAAAGAUAAACGAGAAGAUGUUAUGUACUGAAUUAGUAUUGAUACAAUAAAGUAUUAUGAAAAGGUGUGUGAAGGAGUAUAAAGUGCGAAGAAGGUAUUUUAGAAAUAAAUAUAUCUCAAUAUUUGAUAGAUUUAAUAAACUUUUAUGAUGUUUGAAAUAAAUUAUACCACUGCUCCCAUUCUGUCUUAAAAUCUUCAUAAUUACCAUUUUUAUAUAAGAUACAUUUUUCAGUUUCCAACUUUUCUUUAAUUAUAGUUUUUAAGGCAGAGAAGUUUAAUUUUUGUUUUUGUAUUUUCAUGGAAUAAAUAUAAUAUUUUAUGUUAAUAAUUAACCAAUUUAUUGCAUAUGUAUUUGUUUUUUUAAGCAGACGCAAAAAUGGCAAUAUGUUUAUCUAUAAUUAUGCACUCUUCUAUAGUACUGAAUAUCCAGUUUGUAAUAUCUUUCCAAAAUUCCAACAUAACAACAAUCAUAAAAUAGAUGUUCAAUUGUCUCUGGAAUACGAUUACAAAAAGUACAUUUAUUUGAAUUAAUAUAAUGUAUUGUAUAUAGAAAUGUGUUAGUAGCGAGAAAUCUGUGUAGAAUUUUAUAUUGAAACCAACGUAAAGUUGUAUCUCUAACGCAUUUAAAUGGUAUAUUGUAAAAUAUAUUCCAUUCUGCUGAUGAAUAACAAAAACCUUUAUUUUUAUAUUUUAAUUGAGACUGGAAUGGCUUUUGUAUAGCAUAACAAUUUAUAUAUUUCUCUACAUCCCGUUUUGUCUUUAAGAAGUUGUUUUAACUUGUGGGGGUAGACUGGUUUUUCGUUUGUAAUUGACUCGUUUAUUUCAUCAUUAUGUUUUCCAUAUAUUCUUAUGAAACAUUUCACUGCAUUAAUUAAAGAAGCAUACUCUAGAAAGUUUGUUUUUAUAUUAAAUUUUGCAAUAAAAUCGCAUAAAUUUAAAAAUCCUCCAUCAGUAUUAACUAAAUCGCUAAUGAAACAAACUCCCUUUUCUGCAUAUUUUUUUAUAAAAAAUAGGCUUCUUAAUUUUUUUUAUUUUACUGUUAAACCAAAUGUUUAUACCAGCUAUAUCGUUUUCAUUUUCUAUUGGUUGUUUACAUUGGAUGUUUCGCCAGCUAUCUAGAACAUCUUCCCAAAAAGGGUUAGUCAUAUUUUUAAUUUUUAAAUUAAUAAAAUGAUCACCAUAUAUAAUUAGUUCUUUGAUCGAUAUACCUGUAACUGACGAGAAGAGACAUGCCAGUUUUGUGUUGUUUAAAUGUAACCUUCUUAUCCACGUUGACUUUAAUGAUGUUAUAAACGUAGAUAAUUUAACAAUUUUUAACCCCCCGUUUUUAUGGUCCUGAAUUAUAACAUCUCUUUUAACUUUGUUAGGUUUAUUUUGCCAAAUGAAUUUGAAAAAUCGCUUAUUUAACUUUUCAAUUAACUGUUCUGACGGGGAUGGUAGCGAAAUUAACAAAUUUGUUAUUUUUGGUAAUAUUAGUGAUUUUAACACUGUGAGUCUGCCUAAUGGUGUAAGUUUACGGGCACUCCAUGCUUUUGAUACAAUUUCCAUUUCUUCUAUUUUUGAUUCGAAAUUAUCUUUAAUAAUAUCUUGUAAAUUUAAAGAGAAAUUAAUACCUAAUAAAGUAAUUUGAAUUGAACCCCGUGAUAACUUCCAUCUAGAAUGAUGAAACACUUCUUUUGAAUAUUUUUUCCUGCCUAUCCAUAUUAUCUUUGACUUUGAAUACUUUAGCUUCAGACCAGAUAUUUUUGCAAAAUCCAGUGUAGUAAGUGUAUUGUACAGGGAAUUUGGGGAUCCAUCCAAGAUAAAGGUAGUGUCGUCGGCAUAUUGAGAAAUCAGGAAUUCUUCUCCAUCAAUAUUUAUACACUUAAUGUCUUUAUUAUUACGUAUUAAAAUUGCAAGUAUUUCCGCACAUAUUACAAAUAUGUAAGGAGUAAAUGGGUCACCUUGCCUACAACCUCUAUUUAAUUUAAAACCUUCUGAUAAGUGUCCAUUUUGUAUUACUGCUGAGACAGAAUUUUUAUAAAAUGUUUUUAUCCAGUUUUUAAUAGAAGUCUUAAAAUUAAAAAUAUCAAAAGCUUCUUGAAUGAAAGACCAUGAUAGAGAAUCAAAAGCGUUUUCAGUCUACUAAUAGUAGUUGACCUGGUAUAUUUUGUGUUUCGGUAUAUUGCAUAAUGCCAUAUAUUAAACGUAUAUUUUCACCUAUGUAUCUCCCUUUUAUAAAUCCAGUUUGAUCUUUUUCAAUAAUUUUAUCUAAAAUAUUGUUUAUCCUGUUUGCAGUACAGCCUGAUGCUAUUUUAUAGGUGCAGUUUAAAAGUGUUAACGGUCUCCAAUUUUUAAGAAAUUGCUUAUAUUUAUUUGGUUUUGGAAUACAUGUUAUAAUACCUAACGUUUGCACAUUAGACAUUUCUUCGAUACAGUAACUAAAAUUAAUAGAUCUAACUAUAAAAUAUCCUAAGUCUAUCCAAAACAUUUUUAAAAACUCAGCUGAGAAACCAUCUGAACCCGGACUUUUGUCAUUUUUCAUACUUUUUAGAUAAAAUAAAAUUUCCGAAUACGUUAAUUCUCCUUCUAAUGUAUUUGCUUCGUCUUCUGAUAAUUUAUCAAAUUUGUAUUCCUUAAUUUUCUCUGCUAUAUUUUCAUAUUCCCCAACUUGUUUAGAAUAAAGUUUUUCAUAAAACAAUUUGGUUUCUUUCAAUAUUUCUUUUUGAACUGUAAUAACUUUUCCAUCUUCUUGUUCUAUUUUUAAAAUUAAUUUAUUAUAAAAGUUCCUAGAUUCCAUGUUACAAAAAUAUUUUGUUGGCUUUUCUCCCUCUUCCACCCAUUUAGCUCGAAAUCUAAUAAAAUGUCCCUUUAGUCUUUCUUUUCUAAUGUCCAUCAAUUUUUGUUUCUUUUCUUCUAUUUCACUGAAAUUUAAAGCUAGAUUUUCUUCUAAUGUUUUUAUGUCUUCACAAAGUUUUCUUUCUAUGCCAUUCCCCCCCCCCCCCCCCUUUUCUUGGCUGCUGAAUAAAAUAUAAUUUUUCCUCUAAUUUCCAUUAAAAGUGUUUCCAAGAACAAUUGAUCAUUAAUAGUAAAUUGAAUUGUAUCAUUAGGGAUUGUGCUUAUUUUCUCUGCAUUGUAUAAAGGGACGGCGUAUUGGAUUUUUAUAUUUUCUAUAAUUUGUUUUACGGUAUUAACGUUUAAGCGGGUUUUUCUUUCUCCAUGUGUCUCUCCUUAAAGUUGGAUAGAGUUCCCUAAAUGGAUCUACCAAAUCGUAUACCUCUAAAUUUUCCAAUAUAAAGUUUUUUGAAUUUGGAUGGUUUACAUGCAAAUAAUUACUAAUAUCCAUAUUUUGAUUUAAAACUAGAUUAAAGUCUCCACAAAUUAUGUAUUGUUCAAUAUCAAAGGCAUCGAUGCAUUUCAGUAAACCUUUAAAAAAAGGUGGAGUUAUUAUCAUUAGGUGCAUAUAUAUUUAUAAGUGUUAUUUUCUUACCCUCUAUGGUCAUAUCUACAGCUAUAUAAUUUCCCGAAUCAUCUGUUUUUGUUUUGUUUAUAAUAAAUUCAAAAUUGUUAUUUAUCAUGAUAGCUACACCUCUGGAGUUACUACAGUAAGAAUUAAAUAAGCAUGUAUAACCCCACUGUGUUUGUAUAUGUGGUUCAAGUUCCUUUGUAAAAUGUGUAUCCUGCAAACAAUAAAUAUUAAGAUUUUUCUGUUUCAAAUAAUUCAACAUAUCUUUUCUUUUUUCAGAACCUCCAAGUCCCUGGCAAUUUAGAGUCAUAAUUUGUAAUUAAUAUUAUAAUAUUUAUGCACUAAGCGAAUGUUCAAGUCUACCUUUAUACUCCAAAUGUAUAUUUCCCCUGUGAUUUCUUUGCUUAUUAAAAUGCCAAAUGUUAUGUUUUGUACCUUAACUGACUCGAGGUUUACAUAUUGUGUGGCUAGUAUGAAAACAAAUAUUGAGAUAUAAGAUAACACUGUAUACAUUUUGAGUGCACUUUCUGUAAUAGGGAGUUUGAUAGAGAAAGAGACGAACAAAUAUAGUGAAAACAGCAGAACGUGUUCAUUAGAAAAUAUAACAAGAUUAAAAAAAAAAACUAUUUGUGUGACGUACCAGGAGCCUUAUUUCUCACAUCAUGAGUACUUUUAAGAAUAAUAUGGUGGGUUAUGAGUUAAUGUUUUUUCUAUAUAUAUAUUU